GCUACUCUACUUGUAGUUCAAUUUUCAUUUUCAGUUUGAUACAUUACAUUGUUUUUAUUGUGAACUUAAUUUAUGUAAAAAGAAUUGAAAUACUAAACUCAUAUAUAUUUUCAAAUUUUUGAAUAUGAGUUUAUAACAGUCUUUAGUAAGUUACGAGACGAAAUGUCGAAGGCUGUGCUCAUUCCGGAGUGCAAUAAGGAUAUUGGGGGUAUGAAAGAAGAAUAUAUAUCGCCAAGUGACAAAAAAGAUGGGGCCAUAGGUUUAUUUAGCAGGCUUUUGAGAACUUCCAGUAGAGUUUCCACUCUUGGGAAGAGACUUAGUUCUGAGAGUCCAACAUCUACAGAACCCUCGAUUAGUUACUAUGGUGUAUACAUACCAUUUGAGAUCGAAAAAGGAUCCGAUAAUGAACCUCUACAUGUUUACAAAAAUAAAUCUGAUGCUAUGGAAUUGGUACGUCAGUACAAAUCUGCCAGGUUCAAAAUGUUCCGAUCCCACCAGGAUGCUGUAGCUUUUGCUCUAAGAGGGGCUGAACCAACUGACACACAUUCAUUACACGAAGGACAUGGAAACUCGUUAGUGGGCGAAAAACCAUAUCCAUUCAAAGCUCCAUCUCCUCAAGAUAUGGUGGCUCUCCGAAAGGCGAUAGAGGCAGGAUUGGCGUGCACUGUACGGGACCGCGUGUGGGAUAAUCCGCGGUACCUCGUCAGCAGUGGGAACACACCCGCUAUCGUACAAGAAGGAGCUCGGUACAACGCACUUCACAUAGCAGCAAAAUCUAUGAACGCCGAGAUCUGCAAUCUCAUACUGACCACAGUUGGGAAUCCGAUGUUCGUGCAAACGUUGUACGGUAUGGACGCGGACCCUGAAUCGUGCAAGGAAUUCGCGUCAAUACUAGUGGACAGAUACCUCAACACCCCCGAUAAGGCGAUGAACGAGACGCCCCUCCACUUCGCCGCUAAGUUUGGAGCCGAAAACGCCGUCGAUGUUCUGACGUCAUUCCCGCAGUGCAACAAGACCGCUAAGAACAAGCACGGAGAAAUGCCAAAAGACGUGAUCUGCAGCCGCUGCGCGCCGCCGCCCGCCGACGCCGCGGCGCGCAUCCGCCGCAUGCUGCAGGAGCGCUACUACGUGCCCGUGCUGCACGCCGACGACGGCAGCGGCGCGCCCACCAUCGGCCGCCCCUUCACGCCCGCCGAGCCCCCGGAUUUAAACCAGGAUCCUCUUUCCCCUCGAUACGAGAUCCGAGCUUUCGCCGGACCCAUGGAGGCCAACGAUGCGGAAUCCUUUCGACGACGUUGGAAGACUCCACCGCGGUCUGCGAAACCGACUUUCAGGCUCAAGGAAAUGACCAAGGGAUUGGAGACGGUUGGCAGAAACCUAGCGGAGCAAAUGAAAGUGGAUUGGAAGGAAUAUUGGCCGUUCUUAGAUACUUUUACAGACCUUCGAUCAUCAGAGGGCCUUUCACUUCUGGAGAAUUAUCUCAAAGCCAAAUACGAAACGGCUUGCUCGUUCGCGUACAGCGACAGCAUUCAAUCUCAAUACUUAGCAGACGACUUCACCAUCUCAAAAAUCAGUCUAGGAAAUCUAUCUCAGCAAAGCAUAGCAAAUACGAUUCUGAGUCCAAUGUCCGAACUCUGCGUGGCCAUGAAAACUUGUCAGUUAGCGGAGAGAUCGCCCCAAUGGAGGGAGAAGGAGUCGAUCAGACAGAGACUGGGCAGACAGCCGAACCCCAAGCCGCUGAUACCGAACGGCGAGUCGACCCCCACCACGAACCACACCGUCAGCAGACUGCUAUGUAUAGAGCGGACGUGCCAAGUGUUCGCCAAACGAAUCGCGGACGCAUUAAUAUUUUCCUUGACAGCUGAGCCCGAAGUCGCCGGAGAAUCUCUCAAGUCCGAAGCGAAACAUCUUCAGCACACGAUCUACACUUACAUGGACGACGAACGCUUCCGAACCAUCGACUUCGCUCUCAUACACUCGAGAUUAGCUCAGCUCGUGGUCUUCAAGCUGAAGCAACAGACCGGAGAAUUGGACGACAUCAACAAUUUGGUGGAGUUUUUAGUGAAAUUGAGGUGCCCGAACGAUGACAUUUUUAGUUCGGACGACGAGAGAAAACCGUUUACGUACAGAACGCAUAGAGUUAAAAUUAAUCACGUGAUCGAUGGGCACGUUAGAUGUUUAGCGAGCUUCAUAUGUGAGGAGUUGACGGAGGCGGUCGUCACGAAGGCACCGGCGGUCUCUGAAACCGAGUGUACGGAAAUAUGGGAGAAGGCCGCAAAGUGCAGGUGUGAUUGGACGAUAGAAGUGUUUGAGAGGAAUAGCAAGAAAAAUGCAUCCUUCAGAAAGAACAGGUCCUUGUUGUCAACGAGCCCGAAGAGUGAGAGCUUUAUUAAGAGGCUCACUUUCGAUCACGACAUUGGAGAUGGUAAAACACAACAGAACGAAGUAGAGAAACCCGUCAGCGUGAACUCCCCCGCCGGCGACAGCGCGCCAGUGCUGUACAGCGUCGACGUCGCCAAGUGCCAAGUACUCGAAGCUGAGAUUUCCGACGACGACUCGGUAGUAUCAUGUCAGUCUGAUAACGAAGAAGCGUACCAAACAGCUUCCGAAGAACCUACGCUAGAUUCGGAAGAGGAUAAGGAGGACCAAAUGCAAGAUGCCAGCGACCGAGCUGUCACAGAACCUUUUAUAUAUGGCGAAGAGCCAACGAAAAUGGAUCGGCUAGUGUUCGAAGCCAUCAAGGACGUCCGCAUCUCCCAUGAUACCUAUCCAAAUGUGUUCCGCUGGAGGCACACUGUGGCUUUGUAUACGCCAAGCGAGAGAGACGGCUGGUCGUCGGCGAGCGCGGACGACAGCGUAUCAUCGCUGGGUUGCGGUUCGCCGCGGGGGGGCUGUAGCACGCCGCGAGGGGGCUACAGCACGCCACGGGGGAGCAGCAGCACGCCACGGGGGGGCUGCAGCACACCGCGCCGUGAGCGACACGCACCCGUCACGCUGCAGAUGUCAAACUGGCUCCGAGUGACCGGCCCGAACUCCCCACGAUCAGCGCUCGCGACUAAAAACGUUGGACAUAAUGUUAGUUUCGGUUUUUGAAUAUUGCUCCUAAACUGCCAUUUUAUUUCAAUGACAUUGUGACAGCUAUAAUAAUAAUUAUUAAUUGUACUAGUAAUUUGGGGAUUUGAAGUAAUUUCCCUAUUUUUCUUUUUAAUUUCUAUUAAUUUUUACUAUGUUUAGAUGAGAAAAAUAUGUUGAAAUCUCAUCUCAAAUGUAAUAUUGUCUCCGUAAUCUGUAAUUGGAAAACAUACAGGAAAUACUCUUUGAAGAACUUUUGUGCUAUAAAUAAAGACCAAAUAAAAUAAACAUAAAAGACUUACAUGUGAAUUCUUCAGGGUACUAUUUAAUUUUUCAAAUACCGUAAGACUUAUUGCUUAAAACCUGACAUUAAUUUUAAUAUCCUGAAGUUAAAAGAUGAUAGAUAUGAGUGCCGUCAGAAAUCUAUCUUAAUAUUAUGAUAUUGUAGCACAAUGAGUUCUUUCAUUUGGUAUUGUCCUUGUGUCUGCCUUUUACGACUGUUUUUUUUUUUUACAUUUGUCUUGUAAGUUGUAGCGGUCCACAACCAGAAUUAUAGAAAUACGGGCGUAAAGGAAAACUUCUGUAUUGGUUAUUGCGUCUAUAAAUUUUGUAUAGAAAUAAUGCUAAUCUGGUGAUAAGUACGAUUUAAUACAUUUUUAGGUAAAGUAUUGUGACGCGUUAAACGCAAAGUAGGGAAUUUUGAAAGUGAAAAAAUUGAUUACGAUUUUAGUACGCUAGAUUUAAUAUUUUCAUAAUUUUAUUAUUUGCACUUUUUACAUUAAUAAUUCGUACAUUAUAAUUUUAUACACUCAUCGAUCAUUAAUUGUAAUAAAUAAAAUAUAGACUGUAAUAAUUGUUGCAAAAUUAUCAUAAAACAUGAAAAUUAUCUCACUGAAAUAUUAUUGUGUGAUUGUUGAAAUACAAAGGGAUGUAUAUUUUGCAACUAUUAUUAUUAAUAAAAAAUUAACAUCACAAAAUAUUACAAUUCAGAUUAAUUUACUAAAUUCAGACAAAUAUUUUAUGUAACAGAUAAUCUCAUAUUUUAUAGAUUUAUGUUUUUAUAAAAGCGGACUUAUUUUAAUUUUGACUGUAAGUUUUUACUUUGUAACCUCUAGGUGAGUGACGUCAACCUUGGUCAUGGCUGGAUUAAAUGAUGGAUGGUCUCAAAUAAUCUUACACAAAAUAAUUUGUUAUUAGUAAUAUUUCAAUGCAUUGUGGGAUCCAUUAGCAUUCACAUCGCCUUUAAUUUAAUCUAGCCUUGUCUUUGGUGGCUUAAUUUGUUGACAAGAAAUGUUAGGUAUUGUUUUAUGUUCAAAUAGAAUUUGUGUAAUGUCAGAUAUUUUUGUGUUAACUCAAUGUGCAUUUCAAUCAAGGUACAAUUCCAAGUUAUCCGUUUGUAUGACAAUAACGAUAUCACAUUAAGCAUUUAUUAUGUUUUAGUUUCGUCUGGUCGCCAAAUGUUAAUGGAGCGUUGCACUUAUUAUAAAAAAAAAUAUUAGAGAAUGUUUGUACUUUUAUAUCGAAGAUAAAUUUAUGUAUAUAUUAUAUGUUUUGAUUCGCAUAACUAUCUAAAUAAAUUAUGAAUGGUU